UUAAAACAGGUUUGGUUGAGAGGUCCCGGUCCUGAGCUCACCGCAGCGCAGUACAAGCAAAAGCAGCGGCAUAAGAGGCAGAGCCAGCAAGCAAUUCUUGGGAAGAUGGAGCCUAGAGAUACGGAGUUCAACCUACUGCUAGCUACAGACUCCUAUAAGGUGACACACUAUAAGCAGUAUCCUCCCAAUACAAGUAAGGUAUAUUCAUACUUUGAAUGUCGUGAAAAGAAGACUGAAGACCUGAAAGCUAGAAAAGUUAAAUAUGAGGAAACUGUAUUUUAUGGCUUGCAGUAUAUUCUGCAUAAAUACUUAAAAGGUAAAGUUGUGACAUCUGACAAAAUACAGGAAGCAAAGGAAGUCUACAGAGAACAUUUCCAAGAUGAUGUUUUUAAUGAGAAGGGAUGGAACUACAUUUUAGAGAAAUAUGAUGGCCAUCUUCCCAUUGAAAUUAAAGCUGUCCCUGAAGGUAGUGUUAUUCCACGAGGCAAUGUACUCUUCACGGUUGAGAGCACUGACCCUGAGUGCUACUGGUUAACCAAUUGGGUUGAGACAAUACUUGUUCAGAUCUGGUACCCAAUUACAGUUGCUACUAAUUCUAGAGAACAGAAGAAAAUACUGGCAAAGUAUCUAAUGAAAACCUCUGGAAAUUUAAAUGGCCUUGAGUAUAAACUACAUGAUUUUGGAUACAGAGGAGUCUCAUCCCAAGAGACAGCAGGGAUUGGUGCAUCUGCUCAUUUGGUGAAUUUUAAAGGAACGGAUACUGUUGCUGGAAUUGGUGUAGUAAAGAAAUACUAUGGAACAAAGGACCCAGUGCCUGGAUUUUCUGUUCCAGCAGCAGAACACAGCACUAUAACUGCAUGGGGAAAGGAUCACGAAAAAGAUGCUUUUGAACACAUUGUGAAGCAGUUCUCUUCAGUACCAGUGUCAAUAGUCAGUGACAGUUAUGACAUUUACAAUGCAUGUGAAAAGAUUUGGGGUGAAGACUUGAGGAGUUUGAUUGUAAGCCGAAGUGCAGAUGCUCCUCUGGUUAUCAGACCUGACUCAGGAAACCCACUGGACACUGUGUUGAAGGUCCUGGAGAUCCUUGGAAGAAGGUUUCCACCAACCGAAAACAGUAAGGGGUAUAAGGUGUUACCCCCAUAUAUCAGAGUAAUCCAGGGAGAUGGUGUGGACAUUAAUACUUUGCAAGAGAUUGUUGAAGGCAUGCACAAACACAGCUGGAGUAUUGAGAACAUUGCCUUUGGAUCAGGAGGAGCUUUGUUACAGAAGUUAACUAGAGACCUUCUAAACUGCUCAUUCAAAUGCAGUUAUGUGGUCACCAAUGGCCGAGGGGUUAAUGUAUUUAAAGACCCGGUUGCAGAUCCAAACAAAAGAUCAAAAAAAGGACGUCUUUCAUUGCACAGAACACAAAAUGGAGACUUUGUUACUCUUGAAGAGGGUAAAGGAGAUCUAGAGGAAUAUGGAGAGGAUCUGCUUCAUACAGUGUUUAAGAAUGGAAAAAUUCUUAAGACAUAUACAUUUGACGAAGUGAGAGAAAAUGCCAAAUUAAAAGAAACUGAAAUUGAAGAGCUGCAGCAGUGAAUCACAUUCCAAAUCUGUGUGUGUUUGUAUGUGUGUGCCUGUGUGAAUGUGUGGGGAGUGGAAGAAAUAGUCCUCGGAAAAUAGUGUUUGCCUACUCUGCCCUUUUCAGUUAAAAGCACAGUGCUUGGGAGUGUUUAAUAAUGAAUACUGUAAGAAAAUUAUUAUUAAACAGUUGAAAAUCAGUGGUAUAAUACCAGUACCAGAGAGCUUUAUACAAUGAGAACAUAGUACAACUGACUGUGUACAGAUUUAUUUUGUUUUUAAAUUUUAGAAACUACUGAACUUUUAUUGUACAGUUGUAGAUGAAUUGAAAAAGAGCAAGACCAUAUUGCCAUAAGUUGAACUGAUGCAGUCUGUAUUGUAUAUAGAUCCAAAGGAAUUUCUGGCAAUAUGCGUAAAAAGAUACAUUUUCAUUUAUGCAACUUUUUAAAAAGUCCAAACUUUGUUCCUCAGUAGACGAUACAACUACUGUUACAGUAAAUGUUGGAGAAUGUUAAAGUAGUUUAUGCUGCACUAAAUACAUUACCCUAAAAUUAAUGCCUCCAAUUUUUUUUUGUAUAGAAGUGUCAUUUAUUUUCCAUCUGAUGUAUUUGUAAAGCUUCAAGAGCAUAAAGGUGAAAGGGAUAUUUAAAUGUAACUAAUAAUCCACUCAAUAUUUAUGCCACUGGUCAAAAGUUUUAGAUCACCUCAGUUUUUCUUCAAAUGUAAUUGGUUGAAAUGCAGUGAAUUACCUAAAAUUGUGAAAAGGUAAGCAGUAAACUGCCAGAGUUUUAAAUUUUAAUUUUAGGAUAGCAAAAAAUAAACAAAAAAAAAUUCAGAAUAUUACAAAUGGGCCUUCUGCAGGGAGCAACUAAUGGGUUACAACCUACAGGUGUUCUGCUGGAAUUUAAUGUAAUUUAAGCCUUGCAAUUUGAAGCAAACAAUUUGCACAGGUGUCCCAACUUCUGUUGAUUACUUAAAAACCCUCUGCCUGUCUGAAAGCAGAGUUAGAACAGAUUGUGUUACUAAACCCUCUAAAGUACUACUUGGACAAUAUUCCAGUAAUAAUAGCAAGAAAACGGCAAUUAACAAAUUAAAUGAUACUGAGCAUUAUUACCCUUAGAAGAGUAGGCCUUUCAUUUAGAGAUAUCGUUUUAAAAAAAAACACACAAAAAUCAAAGUGUCAGUAAGUAUGGUGUCCUACUCAAUCCAAGUGCAAUCAGAAACUGAAAGAAACUCUGACAGGAAGAAAUCUUAAAGACGCAACCUAAUCAAAAGAUAGUGUCUGAGGGUCACUAGGUUGCAUGAUAAAUGCCUCACAGCACAACUGCUUCAAGCACAGAAAGUCUUCUGGACCGAUGACUCGGAAUUUGAAAUUGUGCAGGGUGUUUGUACAUUGUUGAGUUUGUGAAAGGAUGGUUCCUCAGUGUGUGACACCAACUGUCAAACAUGGAGGAAGAAGGGUGAUGGUCUGGGGUUCUUUUGCUGGAGGCAGAGUUGGUAACUUGCACAGAGUGUCUUGCAUUCUGAUUUAAAAAGGGUUACCACAGCACUUUGCAGCACCACACAAUACCUUUUGGUCUGUGUCUAGUAAAAGUAUACCUCCAGGCCAUGUCACAAUUACAAGUUAAAAGAAAAAACAAGAAGGUACACUUCAAAACAUGGAUUAGCCAGAACAGUUUCCAGACUUAAACCCCAUUGAGUUAGUUUGGGAUGGACUUGACUGGACAGAAGGAUGAAAAGGAAGCAACCUACAAGUGUAACACAUUUGUGGGAAUUUCUGCAAUAGUAUUAGGAAGAUCUUUUCUGACCAAUAUUUAUUUGAUUUCCUUUAUCGAAAGACUGCCACGUGUGUGAUUGGCUGUUGUAUCAGCAAAAGGUGGCUACUCUGAUGAAUUAAAAAUUUGAAUAAAAAAUGUGCACACUUUAAGAUUCCUUAUUUUUUCUUUAUUUGCCAUUGUAUAUUUGUUCUAUGCCUUUAUUUCAUGAAACGUUGACAUUAGACUCUGUGCAUUUCAAUAAAACUGAAAAAAACUGAAGUGUUCUAAAACUUUUGACUGGUAGUGUAUUGUCAGGUCUGCAUUCACUUCCAAGUCAAAAACAAAUAAAAAUCAUGCAGCUGGCCCUCUCUGUAAAAAUACAAACCUGGAUAGGUAGCAAUAAUUACUGCCUUGUUAAACUACAAAUGCAAUAUAUUAGACUCCGAAUGAAUGCCAUGAAGCCUCAUGGUGUGAAAUGAUUCGCGUCUGUCUUCUGCAGUCCAACCUUGUCUUAGUUUUUACCUCUUUUCUUCUUUUUGCCAGUACAGGAUAUUUGGGGAAAUACUGUUUAAUCAACAGUAAAAUAAAACUGGAAACCACAAAUAAUUAUUUUGCUUAGAAUUUAUAUUUUAAAUAUUAAAAUAUUUUUCAUUAAAUGAAGAAACAUUGUUUGAAUCACUUCUGCAUUUUAAUGUUUGCUGUAGAUAUCUCUGUGUCCAAACUGCCGCCUUAAUAGGUAGUUUCCCUUAUGUAAGGGUAUAUGCUAUACAGAAUGAUACUUUUCUAGACUUAUAUAUAUAUAUAUAUUAUCACAGUACAGCUGAAACUAUUUUAUACCAAUGAAAAUUUCAUGUAAAUCUUAAGUUUCCUUAAAAUUGUGUUGUAUCUAGUCAGCAUUUGAGCUUCAAGUGAGUGUUCAGUAUAUUGAAUGAAUGCUGUUUCAAAAAAAAUAUUUUUUGUAAUUUAAAACGCUUGUAAAGAGUACAGUUUUAUGUGUUGGUGUAUUGUUUUCAAAUCUAAAAUAUUUUUUUCAAACUUUUGUAUAACAUGCUGUGGCUAUAUCGUCAUUAAUAUUAAAGUGAACACCCUAUCUUUUUGUUUAAAUGCUUGUUUUUUUUUUUUUUUCUCCCCAUGUUUUUUAGUAGCAUACUCCCUCUCUGACUUUUGAACAUUUGUAGCACUCUGCACAUUUUUGUGUAUACCUUGGGCAGAAAUUUUAAAUAAUAUAUGUAGAGCUAAUUCUGACAUUUAAUCUGCAGUUAAGACACCUUCCAAUGUACUUGUAUUUUGUGGGUGAUUGUUAAGAGUGUGGGAGCCUUUGAGUAUUCUUUAAAAUACAAUUGUAGUUUGGUGAUUUGAGAGAUAAACUACUGCUGUCAUUGUUA